AGGAGUUUAUGGACGUGCAGCAGGCAGAGGGCAGCAAGCAGGGUCCACAUCUCCUCCUGACUGAAUCACAGCACUACCAUCAUCAUCCACUAUCCUUCCUGACAAGGACAACCCUCACAAAAGCACGGGAUCCGGACAAUCUUUUCACAAUUUUAAAACAAAAAUCGCAUCCAAAGCGUCAAGAUGCUGGCCUGCACGGAGAUGAUCACCAUGUGUCUUCAGUCUGCGAAACACGAUCACUUGAGGAAACAGAAGGAGCUUGACCGCAACCAAAAUCAAGCCAUCUCUCUUUUUCAUGAUAUAUUCCGCCGGGCAGACAAAAAUGAUGACGGGAAGCUGUCCUUGGAGGAGUUCCAGUCGUACUUUACUGACGGUAUCCUCACUGAUGACCAGAUGCAGGAGCUAUAUUCCUCCAUCGAUAGGAAGCAGACAGACAACCUGGACAUAGACAAACUCUCAGGGUACUUAUCUCCCCAUGUGGGGGAAUAUGUCAACGUCCUGUCUGCUCUUGAAAAGCUGAAUGUGGCCAUUUUGAAGGCCAUGGAUAAAACUAAAGAGGAGUAUCAGGGUUCAUCAGUGCUGGGGCAGUUUGUGACACGUUUCCUGCUGAGGGAAACCUCCACCCAGCUGCAGUCCCUCCAGUCAUCGCUGGACUGUGCCAUGGAUGCGGUUCAUGACCAGGGUUGCACUGGGAGGAGGAUAUUGAAGAAGCCCGAGGAACUUCCUAUCCAGAGGGUGGCCAAGCGCCCCGGUCGACGCAUCCAAAAGAACAUGUGUCUCUCCCCGACCGACCCGUACUCUGGCAUGCUCACCACAGGGGUCAGCGUGGAGCCAGACAACCACUGGGGCUCCCAGAUCAACCAACUGGAGCAACUCAUUGACAAACUGGAGUGGGAGAGCCCACAUCUUGAACCUCUCAAAGAGGACACAUUGGCCGGGACAUACAAUUCGAACAUACUUCUGAUCCAAAGACAAAUGUCUGUGAAGGAGAAGGAUGUGGAACAGUUUCAACAAGCUCUUAAAAUCUACACAGAGACCACCAGCAGCCAGCCUACCAACCUGCACGUUUCAGUCCAGAACCUGCCAGACAGAUCUUGCUUCAUCAUGUAUGAAUUUUGGCAAGAUCGUCUCUCCUGGAUGAGCUACCUGCAGUCAUCCAUCAGUAAGACCUUCCAGCGCUGCAUCAUUGACUCACUGGAAGAACCGGAGAUGGUCUCCACCAUGCUCCUUCCAGCUUCUUGGUGGAUCAUGAACAACAACUGACAGAGAAAAAGCUGCUGCUAUUCAAUACAAUAAAAGCAGGAGGAAAGGCU